CACUCUCACACACACACCGAGCCACCGUCAGCAGGAGGAGGAGCCAGCAGGCUGAGGAUGCUGUCAGGUUGCCGUGGUUUCAGCCUCCUGCUUCUUGAGCCGACCGUUGCGUGCGCGGCCGAAGGCUGAGAGCCGUGAGGAUUUAUGACAGGACGGAGGGAAGGAGGAGAGGAGGAAAGGAGGGGAGGAGGAGGCUGUGACAGCAGGAGGUGUUGAAGGGUGGAUUAUCGCUGCCGCAGAAAAACAUCAGAGUCAUCGUUUCCUCUGAGUUCCGGCCAUCAGGAAGCUCCAUCACUCCAUCUGAGCAGAGGGAGGACUGAAGGAGGAAUGGAGGGACUGUGAGUCCUCGCUGGUCCUCAGAUCCGAGGGGCGUCAUGACCUCUCAGGAAGAGGCGUCUUCCUUCAGGAGGUUCUUUCAGUACGUGGAGGACAGCGCGCUUCGAACAUACGACGGUCUGGUGAUCCAAAACGCUUCCGACAUCGCCAGAGAGAGCGACCGUGUUCGGAACCAGACCAACUGGACCUACCUGCAGGAGAAACACCAGAAGAAGAGACGGCAAGAAGAGGCCAUCAAGAGGAUUGGAGAAGACGUCGCCACGGCCUCAGAUGGGGCAUACUCUGGAAAACAUUUCAGGAUGGGCUUCAUGACGAUGCCGGCGCCACAGGACCGAGUGCCCACGCCGACCCCAGGCUUCACGGUGCGAUCCCAGUCUCUUCACUCAGUCGGUGGCGGAGAGGAAGACUCCAACCACAGUCGCAAGCAACCUCCACCCAAACCCAAGCGAGACCCGACCACCAAACUGAGCAGCAGCUCUGAGGCGGUGGAUGGAGUCUCUGGUUUCAUAAAGAGAGAGUAUCAAGAAGCAAAAGAUGGUGCAGAACUUUCAGAAGCUCGAUAUCAUCACCACAGUGAAGAAUCCAGGAAGAUGCCUCCACCCAAACCCAAGAGAGACCCAAACACUCAGCUUAGCUCCUCUUUUGAUGAGUCCUACGUCCGUAACCACUGCAGCAAGAAGUCUUCCUUCCAAGGCGACAAAUCUUCGUCUCAGAGUCACAGCCCGGCAUCCAGAGACACGGACGACGAAGAGCCGGUUUACAUCGAGAUGGUCGGAAACAUCCUGCGUGAGCUGAAAGGUCAGGAAGCCGUAGACGACGAGCAGAGCGAGUCUGUGUACGAGGAGAUGAAGUACCCGAUGCUGGAGGACUUUCUGCAGGAUGUGCAGUCCACCAUCAUCGACAGUGAGGCGUGGUCUUCCCGCGGUUCGUUCUGUGACAUUCCUCCACCCUUCCCAAACCUCCUGACUCACCGCCCUCCGUUGCUCGUCUUCCCGUCCGCCCCGGUCCAGUGCUCCCCCAACUCCGACGAGUCCCCUCUCACCCCGCUUGAUGUCACUCGUCUGCCUAUGCUAGAAAACGUUAGCUUGAGUAAAUCGGGUGGAGCAGAGCACCCACAGGGCUCCGGUCACCACCGUAAGGACCGGGACCGGGACCGGGACCGGGACGCGUCCCACACUCACACAAUCACAUCCUCUGGUCGCUCAUCAGCCCCUCCCCUCGCCUCCAGUUUUUACAAGUCAUCUAGCUCCGCCCACAGCGUUCAUGGCUACCCUCGCAGCCAAUCAGCAUGCCCGUCUCCGGUCAGCAUGGGGCGCGCUCUGACUCCUCUGAGUUUGAAGAGGCCGCCCCCUUAUGACACUCUGAUAGCAGGAGGAAGCAUACCCCGCUCCUCUUCCUCUUCAUCAUCAUCCUCACAGAGGGCAGGAGAGGGUGGAGCUAAACUCAGUAACUCCUCCUCCGCCCACGGCUCCAUGCACAACGUCUCGGCGCGGUGCCAGACUCCCACCAGCCCGCUGGACGAACUCAACAACCUGUUUGCGUCCGGCAGGCAGGUGAUGAAGAGGGGCUCAGUAGGGAGGAAGAGCAGAGAGGGUGAAGGAGAUUCCAAGUCUCUGCCAAGACACGACAGUAAAGACCGAGACGGACAAUCCAGUCCUGUUUCCAGCAGGAUGGGGAGGUCGUCUGUGAGCCCCACCAUGAUGCUGAUGGGCGGAGGAGGUGGAGGUGGAGGUGGAGGAGAAUCAAAGACUGUGGGUAAACUGGGCCGGUCUGCAUCAACAUCAGGGGUUCCGUCUCCAGGCGGAACGCCACAGCGCCACCUCCAUGAUGCCCACCACCCGGUCCUCAGCCAGGACUGAGCUUUGGUGAACAAACAGAGAGCAGGAGCUUCACAUCUUCUCCUGAACUUAGUCUCAAUCUGAAUUUGAAUCACUAACAGCCUGCAGCAGCUGAACAUACCUGGCUCAGUAACACCUGAUUACUAACAUGCUGACGUUUCUCACAGUAGAACUAAUAUCACACUGAUGCUCGACUAACAGUGAGUCAUUCUGAAGCACUUUAACACAAUAAAACUCUAAAACUCCUCACUAAGAGUCAUAAACCCAAAUUUAUUCCUAUAGUUACUGACUCCGCUCCGUUCCGAUACUGACUCCGCUCCGUUCAGAUACUGACUCCGCUCCAUUCAGAUACUGACUCCGCUCCGUUCCGAUACUGACUCCGCUCCGUUCAGAUACUGACUCCGCUCCGUUCAGAUACUGACUCCGCUCCGUUCAGAUACUGACUCCGCUCCGUUCAGAUACUGACUCCGCUCCGUUCAGAUACUGACUCCGCUCCGUUCUGAUACUGACUCCGCUCCGUUCAGAUACUGACUUCGUUCCGUUCAGAUACUGACUCCGCUCCGUUCUGAUACUGACUCCGCUCCGUUCUGAUACUGACUCCGUUCCGUUCAGAUACUGACUCCGCUCCGUUCUGAUACUGACUCCGCUCCGUUCUGAUACUGACUCCACCCCAUUUUAAAUACAUGCUGACCACGCCCAUUCCUAGACACAUUGACUUCGCCCCUUCCUGAUGUAAAUUGCUGUGACCCAUGCUGACCCUGCACCUUUCUGUUGCAUGCUGAUUCUUGUGGCGUGACCUCUGACCCUGCCCUGUUCCAACUGGACCUACUGUUCCGCCCUGUUGUUAUGCAUUCUGACAUACACUCUGGCAGAGUUUCAGUCCGGUUUGAAGUACAGACUUGCCCCUAUUUUUUAUACAUAUUAAUGAACUCCUGACACCUCCAGGUCAUGACCAAUUUUUGGAGCACGCUCCAUUUUAAUACACACCAACCAUGUUCCAUAUUUAAUACAUACUGACCAGACGCUGUUACUGCACAAUCUGUCCCAGAAGCUCGAUCCAAACUAUCAGCUCAUUUAAACAUGAUCUAAAAAAAAUUGUUCCUGGAGUGAAUCUAUUUAUUAAAAUUAUUAGUCUUAGCAUUGUUUUCAAAUGACCGAAGUGCAUUCAAUGGUGAUUUAUAUUUUGUUUUUAUAACCAGAAAUCACCUUGAAGAUUAGGAAUGUGUUUGUCGAGGGAACCCUGUCCAUCUGGAAGUAUUUCCUUUAGCGCCUGUACUAACGCCGUGAUGUCGUUGCGGAUCGUUCUUCCUGGACAGAUUCUGUCAUGACGCAUCAUUCUUUACACAUUGACUCCGCCCCUUUCUGAUGCAAAUUGCCCACGCUGUGACCUAUGCUGACCCUGCACCUUUCUGUUGCAUGCUGAUUCUUGUGGUAUGACCUCUGACCCUGCCCUGUCCCAACCGGACCUACGGCUCCACCCUGUUGUUAUGCAUUCUGAAUCACACUCUGGCCCAGUUUUAGUCCGGUUUGUACAGUCAUCCUUCAUGUGACGCAGGAGAUUUUCAUUCAUUUACACAGAGUUAAUGAAGCAUAAUAUAAUCAAUCCUGUUUUUCACCAUUAUUUCCUUUAAUUGGAGAUCAUUUAAAGCAACACAGAGUUUCCCAGUGCUAACUGGAAGAACUGGACUGGAACUGAGUCGAUCCUCACCUGACAUCCAUCACCUUCUCCCUGUGGUUGUGUUUCUGUGUCAAACUUUUUCAAAUAAAAUCCAAAAUGUCUCGUGUGGUGUUUGUUCUGUCUCAGUCUGCAGUGUUGUUGUUGUUUUUAUUUAAAUAAUUUUGGAGGGAUUGCUGUAGUGUUCUGGUUUCUGGUCUUCAAUCCAGUUUGUGACAUUAGAUUCAACUGAUUUAAUUUAAUUUUUAAGGGUCCAGUCCAUGAUGUCAGAGUUGACUCUCAUUAUCUUUUUAAUUAAAAUGCUUAAAAAUCUACAGAUCAUGACAUUAUCCAUAAAUCAGCAUAUUGACUGUAAUUAUUAACAUUUGUUUAAAUUAGUUUUCAUUCAGACAAAUUCCUAAUGAGCUGCUUUUAUUCAUACACUGCAAAACAAAGUAAUUUAGGUCUAGUUUAUUGUGUAAAUAUCUUGGUACACUUUAAAUAGGAUAAAACUAACUUAGCAACUCUUUAGAGAUAUAGGAGUUUGUUUAAUAAUAACCCAAUGAAUUAACUGUGAUUCUUCGGGCUGAGUUUCUCUAGCCACAUCCAUUUACUGUUGAAUCAAUAAAUCACGUAAUUUGAACCUGUCUGACGACAUGAAGUAGGCCAAAAGUUAGACAGAGUGAACUACUAUCCAUUAACGGAGAGAACUGGGAACAGCAGGGAACCAAAAUGACUCCAAAAGGCAUCGGUUCAUCCAGGAGGUCACAGAAAAAUCUAGAUAACGUCUAAAGCUCUGCAAACCAGUGAAGGUCAGAGGUCAUAAUUCAACCAUAUGACAGAGGCUGGGGGAAAUUACAUUAGAGUUCCAAAGCCAGAACCACUGCUGACCCAAAUGAACACAAAGGUCCGUCUCAAAUCUACCAAAAACACAUUCAUGAUACCAAAGGCUUCUGGGAAAAUAUUCUGUGGAGCCUUUGGAAAGGGUGGGAACUCAACCCGCUCUGUCAGAAAACCCUGAAUGAUGUCCCACUGUCAGUUUUUGACCUUAACACUUUGGCUAUGCUGCAGAACAGUAAUCUGAAACACAUCAGCAGGCCUAGUAUAUCUCUGAACGGCUCAGAAAAUGUGGCUAGCAUGAAACCAUUUAGCAACAUUCCUUUACAGUGAUGUAGAAUAGGCAGUUUCCAUUGUUGGUGUAAUUAAACCAAUUAGAAACAUUUCUCAUAUAUAGAAACAUUUCUCAUAUACCUUUAACAGUGGAGGUCACUGCUAACUAAAAUGCUAGCUGUGCUAAAGCAUUAAUCAUAAACAUUAGCUCUGCUAAUCAGCACAGUAUUUAGCAGAAGCUAAUGCUACAGCACUAAAUUCAAUCAUGAUGCUAUGUGUCAAUGACAGCCUGUGCUACAACACAACACGUCUCUACAGGAUCAUAUUUUUAUGUUUUGCUCUUCAGGAAGUGAUUCUUUCAGUCAUGAUGUCAGUUUUAUAGUUGAGUUGUUCUGACUCUGUUGUUGAUUUUGCCUAAUUUACCAGAGUAGGACUUCAGUCUGGAUACACGCAGAACAUCAGUAGAUUUUAAACUCUUUAUUGUAGAACUACAGCAAUGCAUUAUGGGUACAGAAUGAACAUCAUUUGCUGCAUCUGUGAACCCCAGGAGAGCCUAAACAGUCUUCACCCACUUCAAAAAUAAGACCAUGAAUGUAAACGUCUAACUACCUGAACAAUUUCUAGCAAUCAGCUAGCAAAAGUGCUAAGCUAAAAAUUAGCUGGGUAGCAGAUCAAAGUUUUAGCUUAGCGCUUUCAAAUUUUCUGGAAAAAGUAAUUUAGGGAAAUGUUUCAAAUUUAGCAAAAGUGCUAAAGUGCUACCAAAAAGUUAGCUUCGCUAUUAGCAUAUUAGCAUAUCAGUGGAAGUGUGUCCACCAUGAGCUUUAAUAAAUAGACAAAUGAAUCCAACCUUGUUGGUGUCUGAAUGUUGACACAUCCACAGGAUGGCGUUAGUGUUGAAUGUGACCCAGAAUCCCCUCAGUGUUCAGGCAGGACCACAGCGUGUGAACGAUGAUGACGAGCUGUUCUUCAU